UGGCCAUUGCAGACAGAGAGGAGAGAAAACUCAGGGAAAUACACAAGUAACCAUGGAGAAAUUAGUGAUCUCCUGUGUCCUACAUCUAUUUUUCAUUGCUAUUUAUACAGAUGCUAACCGCCUAGAUGAUUAUAUACACCAUUAUGAAGAGCUAAACUACAGUCCGGAAACUCUACACAAGCGCCAUCUACGGGCCAAACGCUCUGUCAGUGACCCAUCAUUGGUGCUACGAUUCAAAGCUUAUGGCAAAAAUUUUGAUCUUCAGUUAGAAAGAGCAAAGAGCAUAUUUUCUCCUGACUUUAAACUCCAGCACAGAAAUGGCAGCAAAAUGGCUGUCGACACGUCAUUUAUAUACGAGGGUAGAGUUUCAGGAAUUCCAGGAAGUUAUGUCCAUGGAGCUAUCGUGGAGGGAGUGUUCCGAGGAUUCGUGGUCGUCCCCGGAGACACAACCUACCACAUAGAGCAUUCCCGGAGAUUCUUCUCAGAUGAAAAACCAUUCCAUUCUGUUAUAUAUAGCGAAAAACACAUGAAUAUGGAUCCAUAUAAACACAAAAGACCAGAAGGAGCUGGUACAUGUGCACUUGACUUAUAUCAAGACAAGAUGGAGGAAAUGGCCAAUAUACCAUUGGAUAAGCAUGAACAUAACAUAAAGGCCACGCUACAUAAACAAGAAAUGGAACAUUAUCGUAAUAUGUAUACCAAAGAAGAGAAUACAGUUCACCAAGAAGCAGCACACAGACGACAGAAACGUAACACACUCGGCCCUCAGAACACCUGUUAUAUGUAUCUACGAUCGGAUCCAAUUUUAUGGGAUUUAUACAAGAAUAAGGGUGUAAGUGAUAUCGUGGCCAGAGAUGAAAUUCUGGCUUUAUUUGCUGCGCAUGUUGCAGCCAUCAACAAAAUUUACUCCGACACAAAAUUUUCAACAUAUGAAAAAGAUGCUAGUAGAGGAGGCUUCAGUUACGAGGGUGUUCACUUCCAGGUUCAGAGAACAUCUAUAAUGACCAAGGAAUCCGAGAAAUGUGACAGUAUCUUAGGGGCAACAUCAUAUUGUAACCCAAACAUUGAUGUCAGCAACUUUCUCAAUCUCAACUCUUUAGAGAAUCACAACGAAUUCUGUCUGGCAUACGUCUUCACAGCCCGUGAUUUUACCCAGGGUACACUGGGGCUGGCCUGGGUUGGAUCUUACAAAAAUGCUGCAGGUGGUAUCUGUGAGAAAUAUAAAGAGUUCCCUGAAGGGACAGCCAGGGUUCUCAAGUCUCUGAACACUGGUAUCAUCACCCUUAUGAAUUAUGGGAGAGAAGUGGCUCCCCGUGUCUCCCAUCUCACGUUUGCCCACGAAGUUGGUCACAACUUCGGGUCUCCUCAUGACAGCGGUGAUCAUUGUGCACCGUUCGGGACGAGAUCUCCUGACGCUGUCAGUGGUAACUACAUCAUGUAUGCUAGUGCUACGCAAGGCGACCUUUCCAACAAUAACAAAUUCUCUGACUGUAGUAAAGACAACAUUUCUCGUGUCAUCAGAUCCAUUAUAAAUGAGACCAACAAGAAGAAUUGUUUCAAACAGUCUGGUGUGGCAUUCUGUGGUAACGGCCUAGUAGAAGGAGACGAGGAAUGUGACUGUGGAUAUUUAGAUGACUGUCAGGAUAUGUGUUGUCAUGCAAAAAAAUCUGGAGAAACAACACCAGAUGAUUGUAAACUACGUAGAGACAAUUCAGGUGUAAAAUAUGCCUGUAGUCCAACGCAAGGUCCCUGCUGUACUCCAACCUGUAGCUUUGUUCAACAAUCCGCCAACCAGACAUGUCGUGUAGGAACAGAGUGUGUCAAACGUGCCAUUUGCUCUGGGGCCUCAGCUAAUUGUCCUGCAGCAAACAACUAUGCUGAUAUCAUCACAUUCUGUAACAGUAAAUCUCGUGUUUGUAAAGCAGGGGUUUGUUCAGAAUCUUUGUGUAAAAGAAUUGGAUAUAAAUCGCGCAAUUUUUCUGAGUAUGAGGAAUGUUUUGGUAGUUCUGGUAUUGACAAUAAGGAACAGAUGUGUUACCUGUCAUGCCAGAAAAGAAACACUACCAACUGUAUAAGCUCAGCACAGAUUAACGCUGAUUCACCUUAUACAGAUUUCAAAGCUUUACUUAAUGAUGUUAAUGGCGAGUUAACAAAAAUUAAAUUACAAGCAGGGUCACCGUGUGAUAAUUAUCGAGGUUACUGUGACGUGUUCCAUAAAUGUCGCGGAAUAGAUAACGAUGGUCCGCUCGCUCGUCUUAAAAAUCUCAUUUUUAAUGAGAAAACAUUACAAAAGAUUAAAACUUGGAUUGUGGAAUAUUGGUGGGCGGUUAUGAUGAUGGCACUCUGUCUUGUUGUCUUGAUGGGUUUGUUUAUAAAGAUCUGUGCUGUACACACACCCAGUAGUAAUCCAAAGGCAAAACCAGCUUUACGUAUCACAGACACACUCCGGCGCCGACGUCGUCCUCCACCGCAGCAGACAUACGCCCCGAGCUCACAGCCUCUACAGUCCUACCAGCAGCAGCAGUCUGUACCAGCUGGUUAUAUAAAUGCCCCCCAGGGACCCCCUCCACCAUACUCAGCAACAGGGGGUGGUCCAAAGAGGGGACAUCGACCAGAGGAAAAGAAAAACCAAAAAAAGGGCAAAACCACAGAGAGAAAAGUGUGACCUUCAUGAUAACCAUAACAACCAUUCUUAGAAGACUUACCAUUGGCUAAUUUAGAAACUUGUAACAGUAUUUCUCAAUUGCUGAUUGACUGCAGAGAUAUGUGACAUUGAUUUUGAUUGGUUGAUGAAGAAUUUUUAACUUAACAUUUUCAUUGGCUGAAAUUGAAAUGAAAAACAUGGUUUUGAUUGGCAGAGACCAUUCAAAGCAGUGAUUGUGAUUGGUUGAUGAAGAAGUUUGUAACAAGUUUUUUCAUUGGUUGAUGAAGAAAACUUGUUCUUUGUAUUUAAGAUGUAACAUGUAAUUUGAUUCACUGAUGUCAAAGAUGGUAUCAUCAUUUGGGAUAUUUUUAUGAGAUGGUUGUGUCUGAUAAAGUAAAUAAAUCUGAAAACAAUUUCUUGAUAAAUAUGCCUUUAUAAUCUUGUUAAGAUGUCAUUCUAAGAACCAAUUUUAUCUGAUAAUUAGCCCAUGUCUCAUGAUAAACCCACUCAAUUCUAUUGAAGUUUUAUAAAGAUUCAAACAAAUGUUUCACAAUUGUCCUAUGAUAAGCCCGCCCCUUAAGAGUUUAUAUGUUAGGAGAUUGCAGGAUGAAUAAUUUUGGCAGACAGGUCAAAAAUAGCAUUAAUUUUACUUUCUAUUUUAUAUGCAAUGCAAGAACCAUUAAAUUUUCUGUUUGUACAGAAAUUAAGAUUGAAUAAAAAGUCAAUUAUCUUGAUUUUGCAUUUAAAAUAUUUAGAUUGUGACCAUACAAAAAUAUCUCAAAUGAUGGUACAGUGUAUUUUUUGAGGAACAUUUAAGAUGGAUGUGACAUGAUUAUUUUGAGAGAGUGACUGGGUAGUAAUUUUACAAAGACUUUUAGCUUAAGGUGUUUUGCUACCUUACUUUAACAAGUACAUCAUUACAGAAGAGUUCCAUAAACUUGUGAAAUAAAAUUUUUAAAUGUUGAAUAUUAUUACAAUUAUCGUCAUUUUGAUCCAUUUAACCACAACAAAUUGCAAUCUUCAAAGGAGAGCAUAAACACAAAUGACUUGCAAAAUGUGUAAGGUAGCAUACAUCCUUAAUACGCAUCAACAAACUUUGAUUUCAGCAUUAAAUUGAUGUUAAGUUGAAAAUUAAUCAGAAAAGUUUUGCCAAGUGUAUUUUUCCUUUCUACUGUAAGGUGAGAAAAAAGUGUAACUGCAUAUGUGUUUGUUUUCAUCAAAAGAAAUGUAUGAGAAAGUGAGAAAUAUUUGAUAAGGAAUGAAUGCACUAUUUUUACUGGAUUGAAUAUUUCUAUAGUAAACUAAACAAUUUAUCCUCGGAUACUCAUUUAUUCCAAUUAAAUAUAACGAUUGGAAUGAUAUAUCAGAUUUUAAACAAAUUGUAACUUACUCUAAUAGAUAACCACACAGUUUACAUGUCUGUGUGUGGAAUGUCUCUCAAUGUAUUUAACACUUAACCCCAAAAUCUGAACAAUAUUCCAGUCCCUAUAGUUAGUCAUCAAUUCCUUCAUCCCAGAUUCCUGACAGGGAAAGGUUUCUUGAAUAUAAGAGGGAAUGAAAAUUAAUUGCAUAUAAUUUUACUGUAUACGUGUGUUUAUAAAUUCAUUUAUUUUUUUGUUUUUGUGAGAUUUAAUCAUCAUUCUUUUGAGUUUCCUUUCACUAUAUUCUUUUAAAGAAAACAUGAUUUGUUAUCAUACAAACAAGGGGAGACAAUUUUGCAUUGUAAUGAUUGGACAACAGAAACCAAUCUUUGAACAACAGGAGCCAGAAAAUGUCUGUAUUCACUCAUUACACAGAUAACCAGGGGUGGACAACUUUGGUUAAAAAAAAAUAUAUUCAUGUAUCAGUUUGCUGGAUCUGUGUCUCAUAUUAAUAUAAAUAUCAAAAGUCCAAGGGAAAUAUUUUCUUCAUCCUAAAGAUGGAGUUGUAUUCUUUUGAAAUUUGCAAUAUCAUGAUCAUAAUGGUUUUUGUUUACAUUUUGGUGUGUUUCUUUUAUAUAUAUAUAUCAGAUAUAUAUCUGAAUUAUGAUUAAAAUCUAGUCAUGGAUAAUGUUUUGCUUCAAUGAAAGAAAUCUAAUAUAAAUAUGUGUAGGCAAAAGUUAAUUGUUGUUAAGUCCAAUAUUUUUGAGGUUUUCAAAUUUCAUGGUUUUCCAAAAAUAUGAGUUUUAAUUCGCAUUGAUUUCAUAAAUGAACCAUGCUCACAAAAUCAAUUAAAAUUAUUGUCUGUUUUUCAUUUUCACUAACAUAAUUAUUCAUGAAUUUAGAGUACUAACGAAUUCAAAGAAAA